AUGCUGCCAACGCUAUUGCAGCAACCUUCUCCAUCUUCAUCGUCCUCUGUUACUAGCUCUUCCCACGCAGCAAGCAGCAGCACCAGCGGAAGUAGCAGUAGUAGCAGCACCAGCAGUGGCAGUAGUACUGGUAGUAGUACUCAAAAACCCACAAAUCCAUCCCCCUUCUUCGCACCCCUACCACACACAACAUGGUCCCCCACAGCCGCAGCCCUGGCCCUCACCCGCGACAUCGCUAGCAUGAACACCGUCAUCCUAGCCGAUCUGCAAGGCCUCUCAAGUAUCCCGCGCAUCUACACCACGCUGUUCCACCGCACCCGCGAAUUCGCAGCCACAGUGCGCCGUUUCGCCAGCGUCGUUGCGUCGGGCUCGUGGGCCGCGGCCGCGUGUCUGCUCGUAGACUGGGGCGUGCAUGUGCUACGGCAUCCGGGCGUGGCACUCGAGCGCUUUCUGAAUAGUCAGCGCGAGAGUUUGUAUUGGAUUCUAGAUGAUGCGUUGUUGAGGAUUUGUGUGGAUAUGUGGGAUCCGCCGGGUGAACAGCAGCAACAGCGGGGUUGUGAGAGGGAGGGGAAGGCAGUGCCGGUGCGGAGGGUGGUGCCGUGGGAUGUAGCGACGGGGCCGGUUGUCAGGGCGUUGGCGAAGGCGCAGCUUUUGGUGCCGAUUUGGGGGCAGAUGGAUGUCGAGGAGACGAGGAAGUGGGAGACACCUGUUUGCGAGGGUGCGCAGGCUGAGUGGUUCGAGAUUGGGUGGUUCAGGCGGUCGAGGCAGUUUCUUAAGGAGAGUAGUAGGCUUUAUGAGAUUUGGAGGACGAUGAGGAGGGUGGGCAAGGGGCAGUUGCCUGCGGAGCUGGCAAAUGCGAUUGUCGAGGAUGUGGCGGUGUUUGAGGACUUGCCCUUGGGGGAUCUAAGAGAGUUGUAUUUUCCGACUGAGAAGCGAGCAGUUUUGCUGAACGAGUAA